AUGUUCCGAUUCUGGGGCUCAGAGCGGGGAAGCGAAACGACACUCAGUCUCACCCAACCAAUGCCGUCAUUCGCCCAAAAGCACCAGUUCAUUCUGCCGCAUCCACCUGCACCGACGACGUCGCUGUCAUCUCAGGCUAGUCCUCAAAAAAGGCGUCUGUCCAGCGUCGACGGUUCAUCCUCGCCAGAUGUUGCGCUUACCGCCGCCGGCGAACAGCCUCUGAAGCGCGCUAGGCUGGAGAGCAGUAGUCCCUCCGUUGCUGACGCGCCUUCUUGUGAUGCCGCUGCACCGCCGCCCGUACCUGCGCCUGCUGCUUCUCCAGCAGUCACUAACGACAUUGAAGACGCCCGUGACGCGAUUCAGUACCAGUUUGGUCUGGAGAUCUUGCUCAAGCAUAACGAGCUGAGGCUAAUCAACCAAGAGCUGGCCAAAUGCCAGGUCGCUCUUGAGCAACUGCGCCGCUGCCAUCUGAUUCCGUAUCCCACCGCUUUCCCCACCCCGGCGCAGAUGCUGGAUAUCAGCAAUGGUAAAGGUCCUGUUCUGCAGACCCGUCCGGGAGAGCCUGUCCCCCAAUGGGCCCCGCCCUUUGGAGUUGUCGACGGUCCUUACGCCCGACACUAUGCCAAGUGGCUCAUUCCCGAUCCCAAGUUUGACGGCAUGCAGCCGGAGUGGUACCCCGUACACGAGACUGCCCGUAGCAGAGGCUCGGCGGAGGGACGGACGACGAGAAACAGCAUGUCUGACCUCGCCAGCACAAAUAAGAACCGCUCGGCGCGGGGUCUGGGCGGCCCGAAGCUGCAGUCUCUUUCUAGCGGCUAUCCUCAACCCAAGGAAAAGGCCGGGCCUUGUGUUCUCAAGCGCUCCGACGGCCAGACUGUCAAGCUCGUUUGUCUGGACUGCAACCGAGAGAACUUCAGUAGCACGCAGGGUUUCAUCAACCACUGCCGAAUCGCCCACAGGCGAGACUUCAAGAGCCAUGAAGAGGCGGCUGUUCAUUGCGGCCAUCCCAUCGAGGUGAACGAAGGUGGCGGUGUCGUUGGUGAGGAAAAGGCGCCUACCCCGUCGACCGCUGUCGCUUCUGGCUUGGUUCACCCACUCGCUCAGUCCGAUAUGUCCACCCAGCAGGCCUAUGUUGCUUUGCGUUCUAGGAUCGCAGAUUCCCUCAAGAUGUACCGUGAAGGCAAGCUGCCUGGCGUUACAGGCAUUCCCAGCGGAUCCUCGGAGGCUGCGCCAGCGAAAUCCACUGCGCAGAAGACUAACACCUUCACUCCGUCAGCCGACACCCCGUUCCUUUCGCGACUCAUGCAGAGCAGGAACUUCGACGGCAACCUCGAUGACAUUGUCAGCGAUGCCAAGGAGAAGAUGUCGAUGGAAGACGUUGCGACGCCAGGAGAGGAUUCGGAAGAGACCGAGACCGGCCCCAGCAGUCCUCAAAGCACUGCUGCGCCCGCCGCUCGUGUUCCCGCUACCGCCAUGCGCACGCCUGCAAGAGCGCCUGUACCCCCCGUUGUUCUGACAUCGUCUACGAGGCCCGCAAGCAGCAAGGGCAGGUCGCCUCACACGGGCUUCGCCUCGCCGCCCAUGAGCAGUCCUGACAAGGAUGAUGGUCGCAGAAUGAUGAUGCUUCGUGAUGAGGACGUCGAGAUGGAUGUUGACCUCAGCCCGAACACCUUGGUUAGCAACAACGCGCCCUCGCUAGUGAGCGAUGAUGGCGAGUACGACGAUUCAGACGACGGGUCGUCCGAGUCUGAAGUCAGCGAUCGGAUGGACGCCGAGUCGGUGUCUGAUGUUGCCGAGAUUACUCUCGAUGAGGAUCACGAUGGUCGACCUCUCGCCCAUCACCGAGAGCCCAGCAGCGUCGGCUCCGGCGCCGCCAUGCGCCUCAAGAAGGACGAAAACAAGCACGUCACCUUUGUUGGCCCUGUACACGAGAGCGCGAAGCGAUCCCGGAAAGUUUAG